GGUACGGCUGUAUUGCGGUUCUUCUUGUCUUGUCUAUCCCGUCAAGGUUGAGUAAUCGAGUUAACUAUUAGGUAGUUGAUCGAUGAUCUGAUUGACUGAAAGUGCUGUCCCUCAAGGUACUCCCCACACUCAGCCAUCGUCAUACUACAGAUUUAUUCCCCCUCACAUCAAGUCUACUCAUCUCGAGAACCAAUAUAACUGAAUUUUUGAACUUCCUGCAUCAUGAUAGAAAUACGUUGAGUAUUUUACCCACAUCAAAUAUAUCACCACAAACCCCACAGCUUACACCACAAACCCUUCCCUUCCCCAAAGCUGAUCCGGAGCGCUUUCUCACAAGCCUGAACCUCGAAUCAGACACCACCUGUACACCCACAAUGUCGGCUCGGAGACUGAUCUUUUCGCCGCUGCGACGGCAGAACUUGUAUACUCACCGGCCAGUGUUUCCCCUGCGCUCGUUCAAGACCUCUGCGAGAAGCCUCGAUGCCGCGCCCGCGGCUGCAACUUCUCCACCACCACCACCCCCGCGCUCUGGCACAUUCGGCAGAUUCAUCAAGGGGUUUUUCAAGUACCUCGUCCUCCCAACUACAGGCUUUGCGGUCUCAUACCUUGUAACCUGCAAAUUCCUCUACUUCUCCGACCCCGACUCUGCCGCGCAACUCACGGCCGACUACGACGACACGCACAUCCCGACCGCGAUCGAGAUCGCGACCGAGUCCGCGUUCGACAGGCUCGAUCUCGUGCAGGAACUGCGCGCGAACCCGGUUUACGAAGAGACACGGCCGCAUAGGGAUAUCCCUGCGCUUGUGCGCGAGCACUCGCUCUCGACGGGCGUGCUGCACGCCGACGACAAGAUCCCUGCGUCCUCGCUCGUGUUUGUGAAUCGCGCAAAAUUAGAGUCGGUAGCGGUGUUUAAAGUCGGCAAGAAUCUGUGCGGACAUCCCGGGAUCGUGCACGGCGGGUUGCUCGCGACGAUUCUCGACGAAGGGUUGUGUAAUACCGGCUUCUACGCGCUGCCGUCAAACAUCGGCGUCACGGCGCGGCUGAAGCUCGACUACCGCGCGCCCGCGUACGCGGACCAGAUCUUGGUGCUGAAAGCGCGCGUGACGAAGCACGAGGGGAGGAAGGUCUGGGUCGAGGGGCAUAUCGAGACUGUGCCGGCGAAGAGCGGACAGAAGCCGCAGGUGCUGGUCGAGAGUGAGGCGAUGGUUGUCGAGCCGAAGUGGGCGGGCAUGUUGACGCGGAUCGUCGAUAUAAAGUCAUAGGUUUUGUAUAUAGAAUGAAUAAACUGUAUGUAAAUGUCUAUAUCGUACAAACACAAUGCAAAAGAGCAAAGAACCCAAAACAAAUUAUCUACUUUUGAACUUUUAACAAUCAAUCAUCGCCGAGUAAAUGCUGAUAAUCCUCCGCAGAAGCAAACAUCGGCAACUCCUUCAACUUGCGCCGUUUCUCUCUCGACCCGGAUUUCUUCUUCUCCUUCGGCUCGUCUUCAGCGUCAACGUCGUCGUCGGCCGCGGCGGUGCGUUUCUUGCUCUUGCUGACCUUUGUGUUUAGAGAUUCGUUUUC